CUAUAAGUUGGCAAUUUCCGGAGAAGUUGCGUCCCCCAAAAUCCCCAACAACAAUGGAGAUUAGUUCGCCCACUUCCGGAGGCCGCACUGAACCGCUUCUGGUGUCACAAGACGACGCCGUACAGCCGCCCGGAAACACAUCGUGGAGACUCGAUGUUAAGGAGUUCCGGCUGCCCCAGCAGAACGGUACUAGCGGUAACGACCAUGACAGUAGACGGAGUCGUUUCGCUUUCCGUCGCCUCUGCGCCACCAAGAAAAAGUACAAGGUUGAAGAAUAUUACAAGAAACAAGAAAGGCUUCUUGAAGGGUUCAGUGAGAUGGAGACCAUGACUGAAGAGGGUUGGUUGCCCGGAAGUCUUACCGAGGAUCAAAUGAAGCAGCUAGCGAAGAGUGAGCGGAUGGCGGUUCAUGCAUCAAACGUAGCUAAUUUGGUUCUUUUUGCUGCAAAAGUUUAUGCUUCAAUUAUGAGCAGAUCAUUGGCAGUUAUUGCCUCUACCUUGGAUUCCCUCUUGGAUCUCUUAUCCGGCUUUAUUUUGUGGUUCACUGCUAAUGCCAUGAAAAAUCCCAACCAGUUUCGCUAUCCUAUUGGGAAGAAACGUAUGCAACCAGUGGGUAUCAUUGUCUUCGCAUCUGUUAUGGCUACUCUUGGACUGCAAAUAUUGAUCGAGUCUGGUCGGGAACUCGUCUCUCAGUCACCGCCCGAAAAAAUGAAUGGUACGCAGGAGAAUUGGAUGAUUGGCAUCAUGGUUUCGGUCACAGUAGUGAAGUUUGUGCUCAUGCUCUACUGUCGUAGAUUUGAAAAUAAAAUUGUACGGGCCUAUGCACAAGACCAUUUUUUCGAUGUCAUUACUAAUUCAGUUGGUUUAGCAGCAGCAGUCCUAGCUGUCCGGUUCGUCUGGUGGAUUGAUCCUACUGGUGCUAUUAUAAUAGCACUAUAUACCAUUAAUACAUGGGCAAAGACAGUCUUGGAGAAUGUACAUGCGCUAAUUGGAAGAACAGCACCACCUGACUUUUUGGCAAAGUUGACAUACUUGAUAUGGAACCACCACGAAGAGAUCAAGCACAUCGACACAGUGAGGGCGUACACAUUUGGUUCCCAUUACUUUGUGGAGGUUGACAUUGUCUUGCCAGAAGACAUGCUACUGAACAAAGCGCACAACAUUGGCGAGACUCUCCAAGAGAAGCUCGAGCAACUCCCUGAAGUGGAACGGGCUUUUGUGCAUAUAGAUUUUGAGUUCACUCACAGGCCGGAACACAAGAACAGUGUAUGAUAACGAUGACAGCGGUAGUGAAGAUGGUAGUAACUUGUAGAGCUAUGUUUUUUCACAGACCGAAGUUUUUUAAAUAAGCAUUGGGUUGUGCAUUCAUUUUGUUAUUGCUAUUUGCUUGUACAACCAAUGCUUGUAGAACUUUAUGGAAUUACCUUUCCUGUGUAGCUUUUAUUUUUCUCAACAGUAAGUAUUUACUCAUU